UAUUUUACACGCAAGAAUGCGACGGCGGACACUGUCUCCCUAUCAUGGGAGGACAGCUACCCCUCCUUCGGCCGAGGUGUCGUUAAUUCGCAGCUUUGACUCCCAGGUCAAUCCGUCGCGUCCUGUCAGGCAAUCUCCUUUGGCAACCUCUCAAAUCCAAGGAAUGCCCUUGGAUCUGAUCGAACGUCUACGAACAUUUCCUCUGUUCCAAGCUGCCUCCGACACCUUCCUCGCCGACAUUGGCCUCCUCCUCAAGCCUCAACUAUACAGUGCCAAUGACUAUAUUAUCACAGAGGGUGAAGACGCGAAGGCAAUGUACUGGCUCGUUAGAGGUGCGGUAGCUGUUACAUCACGGGACGGCGAGAGCACAUAUGCUGAGCUGAAGCCUGGCGCGUUCUUCGGAGAGAUCGGUAUCUUCAUGGAGCGACCCCGUACCGCCACCGUCGUAGCUCGGUCAAGAUGUCUGGUCCUCAUCUUAAAAAAGGAAGAUCUGAAGACCAUACUGCCCAAGUAUCCGGACGUUGAGCGCGCGAUCCGAGAAGAAGCCUUGGAAAGAUUAACACAAUUGGAAAAGAAGAAGGCACAGGUGGUUUUGGGCAGUGAUGAUGUUCCCUCGGACGAAAGAAGGGGGUCCAAACGCAGGGCUGCAUUCCCUGAAGAUGUAUCGAUGAAUGACGGUGAUGCGAACAAAAGAAGAAAAUCUCCAAGCCCGGGUACCAAUGAAGUCUCGACGGCGAGCGCUUUGGGCCACGGUCUUGUCAACAUCCGAGCUACGUUAAAGGAGCUGCCGUUAUUUGCAUCUCUGCCGGCUGAUAUACUCCAUUUCCUGGGACUCAGCGCGUCGCCGAGGAGUUUUGCACCCUUCACAGAUAUCGUCAAACAAGACACUAGGGGGCGAGAGGUUUACUUCAUUGUCCGUGGAGAGGUGGAGGUGUUGGACGAGAAGAACCCGUCAAGCCCUAGGAUGAACAAAUCCAAAAUCCCCAAUGGCAUACCUCCGACGCCUCGUGUAGUUGCACGUCUACGGCCCGGGCAAUACUUUGGAGAAGUGGUCAGUCUAUCUCUGGCAGAUCGUCGGACAGCAACCGUUCGCUCGGUGACACAGGUCGAAUGUUUAAUGAUCUCUGAAAACGUCUUGGCCGACUUUUGGGAUCGAUGCCCCCCCGAGAUUGUUCGACAGAUCGAGGAGACGGCAAAAGAGAGAUUAAAGAUCGCUUCCGACAAUGAUGUAGUCAUGAACGAGGCAGAUGCUGAGCCUAAGAUACACCAGUUAGUCAUUGGGGAAGAUAAGGAGAGGAUCAUGAGAAAGGCGGCGCAGGCACCUCGAGUCACCUUCACAGAUGCCGAAAUAUCCAGUCCGACAGACGAACCGGGGAUCGUUGAACCUUCAGAUCCAGAUCCUUUCCUGAGCGAAGGUCUUGAAAAAGUCAAAUCAAGAUCGAGAAGGGGAUCACUUGCUCCACCAUCACCGGACGAAUCGUCAAAAGAACAGAGACGCAGGUCGCCUAGAAUCUCUCCAGUCACAACCACGACAUCAAGUCCGUCUCCUCGAAGUUCCGUGUCUGGGACACCGUCUCCAACUUCUGAACAAAAGGUUUCAGCGUUCUCAUUUUCUGAGGCUCCAUCUCCCGGCAGCCGAGCGAAACCACGAUCUGAGGUCCGUCCUGGUCUCAAUUACGGCAAAAUUCCUGACAAGUUAUUACAGCAGAUUUUCGGGUAUCUCGAACUUCAUGACCUGAUGCGUCUUCGAACAGUGUGCCUCCACUGGCAGCAUCUGCUACACACUUCAGAGAAUUUAUUGGCGUACCUGGACCUUGCGCGGUACAAUCGGAGUAUCACUAAUGAUGUUUUGAUCACUCGGAUUUGUCCCUUUGUGGGUCAGAGGCCACGUUUCAUCGAUCUCAGUAAUUGCUUUCAUGUCACGGACGAAGGAUUCACCGCGCUGGUUAAUGCGUGUGGCGCCAACGUACGCAGUUGGCGGAUGAAAAGCGUCUGGGAUGUCACUGCUCCAGCAAUAUUGGAGAUGGCCAACAGAGCCCGCGGACUGAAAGAGGUGGACUUUAGUAAUUGUCGCAAGGUCAGCGACACAUUGCUGGCGAGGAUUGUAGGCUGGGUGGUACCAAAUCAGCCACAUCUGUCCAACCAUCGCAGUAAAUUGAAUUCUCAACGUGCCGUGCUUGAUACGAAGAUGAACACUGCUAUUCAACAACCGGCUCCAGGUACGAUCAUUGGUUGCCCGGAACUAUCCUCGAUUACUCUGAGCUAUUGCAAGCAUAUAACCGACCGGACAAUGGCACAUAUUGCGACGCAUGCAAGUCAGCGAAUAGAGUCAAUGGACUUGACACGAUGUACAACGAUUACCGAUGCAGGAUUCCAAUUCUGGGGCAACGUCAAAUUCGAACGAUUGAAGAGGCUUUGUUUGGCGGACUGUACAUAUCUGGGUGAUCAGAGUAUUGUAUGGUUGGUCAACGGGGCCGGCAGCAGGUUGGAACAGCUUGACCUGUCUUUCUGUUGCGCCUUGUCCGACACGGCCACAGAAGUCCUGGCUCUAGGUUGUCCAAACCUAACCCAUCUCAAUCUCUCAUUUUGUGGAAGUGCCGUCUCGGAUCCAAGUUUGAGGUCUAUUGGCUUGCAUUUGACAUCUUUGCAGGAGCUCGCCGUCCGUGGAUGCGUCCGUGUCACUGGCCUCGGGGUACAAAGUAUAGUGGAAGGGUGUCAAAAAUUGAAAUUGCUUGAUGUCAGUCAAUGCAAGAAUCUUCAACCCUGGCUCGUAUCCGGCGGCGUUGAGCGUUGGCGAGCUGCAGGCAGAGAUGUCCAAUUUGUCGUUGUCAGUUCCGGAACGAAGUUGGUUCGGUGAUGACUAUCGCGAGGCGGCAGCGGGGACUGUUUCCUACGACUCUGUCAUCAUGAGUCCAGGCCAGACGAACGAUUUCAUGAAUUCAUGUACUACGUCCUCGUGUUGCAUACCGGGGCGAAAGAUGUUUGAGUACGAAGAGAAGGAGAAGCAAAACAGAGACAGUAUAGAAGCCCAGGACGAAAGCAUCAAGACGGUUCAAGUGUACCUUUUGUUUGGGAUUGGGAUUUGGACAGCAUUUUUUCUUUUUUGAUAUAUAUGAGAUCUGUUAACGAUCAAGAGUGAUACCCCCUCGAUAUUGAGUGAAAUGAAGAUUUU